AUGGACGAGGUCAGGGCUAUAAGUUGCGGUCGCAACUCAAUUGGAGUAAUCUUCUCCGACGAGGCAUUACUUACGUCUACUUUACCUUCAAGUGGUCUAGUUUCAUUUUCCAUUCACCUGUACAGUACAGUCGAGCACGUAUUCACGAGGCAGAGCUGUGACAACCCAGUAGAAGAGAAACCCUCAAGCGACAAAAGCUACGUGGUUGGAGCCUGGCCAGCGACCACGCCCGGGCACACAGGAUACUUAACUGUUGCUACACUGCCUCCAGCGUUUCUUAGGCGAAAGUUGCCAAUCACUGAAGCUGAGAAUGGGAAAGCUCUAUCGACAGAGAUUGAGAUGAAGAGCGACUCUGACAGCGAAGAAGAUAAGUUAGUUGUGGACGAAAGUGGAUUAUGA